AUGACCGCCUUCGUUUUGGGAGCUUUAAUUAUAGUCCACCUAUUUCUUAAAUCUUCUGAAAUAUCGGCCGAAUUGCUCGAUGAUAACUGUGGAUUGACAUCGCAUCUUCUGCGGAACAAGCGAAUGACUGGAGGAGAAGAUGCAGAUAUAUUAUCGAGUCCAUGGAUGGUUCUUUUGCUUGGCGAUUCGAUUGCGGGGGGCUCGCUUAUAAAUUCACGCUUUGUCCUGACGGCCGGUCAUGCCCUUUCCGCAACAUUUAAAAAGGUGCGCCUAGGCGAAUACGAUCGGGAAAGCAUUAAAGAUUGCACUUCGUCGGAUUGCAUACCAAAAACCUAUGAUAUUAAUAUCACUGACAGUUUUAUCCACCCAGCGUUUCAAUCUGACAAUUAUCGGAAUGAUAUAGCUCUGCUUCAAAUGGGAGAAGAGGUGAUAUUUUCAGAUUAUAUCAGACCAAUCUGCCUGCUUGUCAAUGAGCAAGUGGGUGAAACUAUUUCCAUGUUUAGGGUCACCGGCUGGGGAAAAACGAAUAGUUUUCCAACGAGCCGUAUUCUACAGACAGCCACUCUUAACUAUCUUGAUAUUACGGAGUGUACGGACUUAUUUCAAUCAGAGAAUGACGGUACUCAGAUAUGUGCCGGUAGUUUGAACAGCGACACCUGCUCCGGAGACUCGGGAGGACCGUUGAGUGCAAUCUUACCCUAUGGAAAAACUAAUCGGGUUUUCCAGUUUGGUAUCAUCAGCUAUGGAACCCUAACCUGUGAUGCCCCCAGUCUUUACACAAAUGUUACGCACUAUAUGGACUGGAUUGUGAAUAUAACGAGUACAUAUAGCUAA